CCUUCAAUUGAUUUUGUAUUAAAUCUGUGAAAUCAUUGUUUUAAUUUCUUAAUUCCGUGCAGCGAGAAGAAAAUAAGAUUUGAAUGCUAAAAAUAUGUCUAACAACGAUGAAUUGAUCGCACAAUUUAUUGAAAUAAGCGGUGGAGAUGAAAAUGUCGCCAGAUUUUAUUUAGCAAGUUCCAAUUGGUCGCUAGAGGAUGCACUUUCUAAUUUCCUUGGCAAUCAAGUUGAUGGAGAGGGUGUAAACGAUGAACAACCAACUGAACGAAAUUCAGGAGGAGCGAAUAUUGAACCAGCAGCUACAAAUUCAAGUAGUCGGGUGCGAUCAGAAACUGGUGCCGCAGACAGUUUUACUAAGAAAAGCUCAGAUAAACCAAAAGUAGCAACAUUAAAUGAUAUGACAAAGCGUACAUCUAACGAGGAAGAAGGACAAGCGUUUUAUGCUGGUGGUUCGGAACGUUCAGGCCAGCAAGUUUUGGGACCACCAAAACGUAAAAAUUUCCGCGAACAGUUAACUGACAUGUUUCGAAUGGCACAAGAACACAACACCGGCGAAUCUGCUAGUACUUCCACCGGUCAAUCAACUUCUGGUGCUGUACAAUGGGGUCAAGGUGUACGGUUGGGCAUGACCGAUACAGACCAUUCCAUCGUAGGUUCGCAACAGGAUGAUGGUAAUGCAACGGGAGAAAAAAGACCUAUUGUUGUACUUAAAUUAUGGAGCCAAGGAUUCUCCAUUGAUGAUGGUGAACUACGUCUAUAUGAUGAUCCCGAAAAUAAAGAGUUCUUAGAAACUGUUAUGCGCGGUGAAAUACCUCACGAAUUAUUUGAAAUGGGAUGGGUUGUUAAUGUAGACGUGGAGGAUCAUCGCCACGAGGAUUAUAAAAGGAAGACAGUCCCACCUAAAUUUAAAGGUUCCGGUCACACACUGGGAAGUCCCACACCAAACAUUGAAGGAGCAGCAUCCACAACACCAGCUUCAAAUACUGCAAAACCAACAACAGCUGUUAAUGUUAAAGAAGAUGAAAGCGCCGCUAAAGCAAACCUUAAGAUUGAUUCUUCUCAGCCAACAACGACGUUGCAAAUACGUCUAGCUGACGGUUCUCGUUUAACCGCCCAAUUUAAUCUCAAUCACACAGUUGCUGAUAUACAUCGCUACAUAAUUAAUGCCAGACCACAAUAUGCCGAGGGUAAUUUUAGGUUAGUGUCCUCAUUCCCAACCCGUGAACUUACGGAUGAAGCUGCAACGAUUGAAUUAGCUGGUCUAAAAAAUGCGUCAAUAAUGCAGCGACUGAACUAAAUUGUAAACCUUAUAUACCCACUGAAUACAAUUUUUUCAACUUAUUGAUAAAAAUAACAUUAAAGUAAUAAAAUGCAACUACAUAAA